GAUGGCGGCGCUUUCGGUCCAGCAGCCCGGGAGAACCUGGCGCGCCUAGGGCGAGCCGAGCGGGCAGAGCCAGCCGCAGGCAGGCAAACCGGCCGGGGCUCUGCAGCAGCAGCACAGGAGGCGAGGCGGCGGCGACCCAUCCGCGCAGCCCACCUGGGCGGCCCCGCCCUGCGCUCCCGCCUCUGCGGCCGGCCCAGCAGCCAGCCAGGGCCUUGCGGGCGCCGCGGGAGGCAGCAGCCACACUGGGCUUGGGCUUCGCUCGCAGGAGGCUAGCGAGUCGAUGGGGCGAGCUCUCGGCGCUGGGAAGCGAUGGACGACUCCGGGAUCAUCCGCCGGAGGCGGCUCCAGAAGGAUCUUCCAUUGCCCAGGAAAAGCAGUAGCUGCCGCACCAGUAACAGAAAAAGCCUGAUCCUGACAAGUACAUCACCGACGCUGCCACGACCUCACUCUCCACUCCCAGGGCAUAUUGGUAGCAGCCCUCUUGACAGCCCUCGGAACUUCUCCCCCAAUACACCAGCCCACUUUUCCUUUGCCUCUUCCCGCAGGGCAGAUGGGCGGCGUUGGUCCUUGGCCUCCCUGCCUUCCUCUGGAUAUGGAACCAACACUCCCAGUUCCACGGUAUCGUCAUCCUGCUCCUCCCAAGAGCGCCUUCACCAGCUGCCUUAUCAGCCCACUGUGGAUGAGCUGCACUUCCUUUCCAAGCAUUUUGGCAGUACUGAGAGCAUUACCGAUGAUGACGGGGGGAGGCGGUCCCCUGCGGUGCGUCCCCGGUCCCGGAGCCUCAGCCCGGGCCGGUCUCCAUCCUCCUAUGACAAUGAGAUAGUAAUGAUGAAUCAUGUUUACAAGGAGCGAUUCCCCAAGGCCACGGCGCAAAUGGAAGAGAAGCUGCAAGAUUUCAUUAAGAGCUACGAGCCAGAUAGUGUGUUGCCCUUGGCUGAUGGGGCGCUCAGCUUCAUCCACCAUCAGGUCAUUGAACUGGCACGAGACUGCUUAGCCAAGUCUCAAGAAGGCCUCAUCACUACUGUCUACUUCUAUGAACUGCAGGAGAACAUGGAGAAGCUGCUGAAAGAUGCCUAUGAACGCUCUGAGAGUGAGGAGGUCACCUUUGUCACUCAGCUGGUGAAGAAGCUGCUCAUUAUCAUCUCCCGUCCAGCCCGGCUACUGGAAUGCCUGGAGUUUAAUCCUGAGGAGUUUUACCACCUGUUAGAAGCAGCGGAGGACCAUGCCAAAGAGGGGCACCUGGUGAAGACAGACAUCCCUCGCUACAUCAUCAGCCAGCUGGGACUCACCCGAGACCCUUUCCCAGAUGUGCUGUAUGUGGAGGAGCACGAUAGCGGAGGAUCCAACACGCCUGAGACUGAGGAGUUCACAGAGAGUCGUGGGACGACUCCAAAGCCGAAGAAGCCACCGGGAGAAGGAGACUUUGAAACUAUUAAACUUAUCAGCAAUGGGGCAUAUGGGGCUGUGUAUCUCGUGCGGCACAAGGAGACCCGCCAGCGUUUUGCCAUGAAGAAGAUCAACAAGCAGAACCUCAUCUUGCGCAACCAGAUCCAGCAGGCCUUUGUGGAGCGCGACAUCCUGACCUUUGCAGAGAACCCCUUCGUGGUCAGCAUGUUCUGCUCUUUUGAGACCAAGCGUUACCUCUGCAUGGUCAUGGAGUAUGUCGAAGGUGGGGACUGUGCCACGCUGUUGAAGAACAUUGGGGCACUACCUGUAGAGAUGGCACGCAUGUACUUUGCCGAGACCGUCCUUGCUCUGGAGUAUCUGCACAACUAUGGCAUCGUCCACCGCGACCUCAAGCCGGACAACCUACUCAUCACUUCCAUGGGGCACAUUAAGCUGACAGACUUUGGCCUCUCCAAGAUGGGGCUGAUGAGUCUCACCACCAAUCUGUAUGAAGGCCACAUUGAGAAAGAUGCCCGCGAGUUCCUUGACAAGCAGGUGUGUGGGACCCCCGAGUACAUUGCUCCUGAAGUGAUCCUCCGCCAAGGCUAUGGGAAGCCAGUGGAUUGGUGGGCGAUGGGUAUCAUCCUGUAUGAGUUCCUGGUGGGCUGCGUGCCUUUCUUCGGAGACACUCCCGAGGAGCUCUUCGGCCAGGUCAUCACUGACGACAUCCUGUGGCCAGAAGGGGAGGAGGCGCUCCCAGCGGACGCUCAGCAUCUCAUCUCCUGCCUCCUGCAGACCAACCCCCUUCUCCGCCUGGGGGCAGGUGGCGCCUAUGAGGUGAAACAGCAUGCAUUCUUCAAAGAUCUGGACUGGAAUGGGCUCCUGAGGCAAAAAGCAGAGUUCAUCCCCCAUCUGGAGUCUGAGGAAGAUACCAGCUAUUUUGACACUCGCUCUGAUCGUUACCACCACAUCAACUCGUAUGAUGAAGACGACACAACGGAAGACGAGCCAGUCGAGAUACGGCAGUUUUCAUCUUGCUCUCCCAGAUUCAGCAAGGUGUAUAGCAGCAUGGAGCACCUGUCCCAGCAUGAGCAGAAGACUCCGAGUGUCACCAAGCGGGACCAGAGCAACAAGCACAAAGACGAGAAGCUGGGCAAGCGGGAGAGCCUGGGCAGCUUCACCCUCCGAGACAAGAGCUGGCGCACCAACUCCCCAGAGAUGAAGCGUCUCUCAGCCUCGGAGUCGUCCUACACAGAGAGCGACUCGAGCCCCCCGCUGGGUGCACGGCGACGCUUUUCAGCCCUGAUGGACACCAGCCGUUUUGCUGUGCCCCUGGAAACCGACCACGAGACUCUUGCCAAGGGGCCUGUGAGGGCACCCACAGAGAAUGGAGCCACAGGGCCCUCCCCACAGGCGGAAGGCAAGGAGGGAGCAGCAGGAGAUGCCAGGCAGUGUCCUGCCGCUGGAGAGGCUGAGGCAGGCAAUAAAUCAAAAGCGGGUGAGCUACAGCCCCCAAAGGAGCUGGACCCAUCAGCCCCCAAAGCUACCAAUGACUUGGUGCUGCGUCGGGCCCGGCACCAGCAGCUCUCAGGGGACUCCACGGCCGAGAAGCGCAGCUCCCGCACAGGGGGCAAGGUCAUCAAAUCUGCCUCCGCUACUGCGCUGUCCGUCAUUAUCCCCACAGUGGAACAGCACAGUAGCUCACCCCUGGCCAGCCCAAUGUCCCCCCGGUCUCUCUCCUCUAACCCAUCGUCCCGGGAUUCCUCCCCAUCGCGGGAUUACUCCCCAGCUGUCACCAGUCUGCGCUCACCCAUCACUAUCCAGCGUUCGGGGAAGAAGUAUGGCUUCACGCUGCGCGCCAUCCGGGUGUACAUGGGGGAUAGUGAUGUCUAUAGUGUACACCACAUUGUCUGGCAUGUGGAGGAAGGGGGUCCAGCCCACGAGGCAGGGCUGUGCGCAGGGGACCUCAUCACCCACGUCAACGGGGAGCCAGUGCACGGGCUGGUGCACACGGAGGUGGUGGAACUCAUCCUGAAGAGUGGCAAUAAGGUGAUGGUGACCACCACGCCCUUCGAGAACACCUCCAUCCGCAUCGGGCCGGCCCGCAAGAGCAGCUACAAGUCCAAGAUGGCCCGGAGGAACAAGAGGAGUACCAGCAAAGAAGGGCAGGAGAGCACUAAAAAGCGCAGCUCCCUGUUCCGCAAGAUCACCAAGCAAUCGAACCUGCUACACACCAGUCGUAGCUUGUCGUCUCUGAACCGCUCCCUGUCCUCUAGUGACAGUCUGCCUGGCUCCCCCACCCACGGCUUGGGUGCCCGCUCGCCCACCCAGAGCCUGCGCUCCACUCCCGACUCUGCCUACCUUGGUGCCUCCUCACAGAGCAGUUCCCCAGCCUCCAGCACACCCAAUUCGCCAGCCACCUCAUCUCACCAUAUGCGGCCCAGUACUCUGCAUGGCCUGUCCCCUAAAUUGCACCGCCAGUACCGCUCUGCCCGCUGCAAGUCAGCAGGCAACAUCCCCCUCUCGCCUUUGGCGCACACGCCCUCGCCCACGCAGUCCUCGCCACCCCCACUGCCCGGCCACACUGUGGGCAGCUCCAACACCACCCAGAGCUUCCCAGCCAAGCUGCACUCCUCGCCGCCUGUGGUGCGGCCCCGCCCCAAGAGUGCUGAGCCCCCACGCUCGCCCCUGCUGAAGCGGGUGCAGUCAGCGGAGAAACUGGGCUCUCCGCUCAGCGCUGAGAAGAAGGUGGUGGUGAGGAAGCACAGCCUGGAAGUGGUCCACUCUGAAUACCGCAAAGACUUCUACGGAGAGCCGGGCCUUCACAGCCUGGCCGAGUCCGAUGGCGAGAGUCCCAACGAGUCGGGUGCUCCAAAGCCACUUGCCACCAGGCGCCUGGGCCGGCAGGAAUCCCCACUUAGCUUUGGGGCAGGAGAUGGGGAAGCAUCCACGGAGACCAACGCCAAGGCAAGGGGACUGGAAGCUGUGCUUGGGGACUGCAGGAGGAGCCAGGCGGUGCAGACUGAGGAGGCGUUUGCGGGAGCAAACCGAGCCCUGGCGAAAGCCCUGAGCCCCGUUCAGGAGCACGAGCAGGGGAGGAAGGGCAGUGGCGAGGCGGAAGUGGCCCCUCAGGGGCCUGUCCCUAUUGUGCUGGAGCCGAAAGAGAGCCAAGAGCCUGACCCUCCGGGCAAGCCGCCGGCCUCGCAGCCCUCCCAGGACAAAGCUGGCUCACCCAAGGAGAAGUGGAUCUUGGAAGUGGUGGAAGAGCAUACCACGCUGGGAACCUGUGCUAAGACGCCCAGUUGCCUGUGCCCAGAGGGGGCCAAAAAUGGACUGAAGCGAGGCUCAGCGGAGGCCAAGGGGAAACGGGGGAAAGAAGAGGUGCCUGUGUUGGGGUCUGGGGGCAAGUGUGCAGGAGACACCCCCCGGCCCUCCGCUCCUGCGCUGGAAAAAAAGGGGGCUGCACACUGAAGGCUAGGGGGAGUGGCCUUUCUCACUGUCCCGGCCCCUAGGACCAACUCCUAGCACGCCUCCUUAGUCUUUGCCUUCCAGCCUCUGUGAUGAUGGUGAUGGUGUUAUUGUAGCGAGGUCCUACCUCGAUGAGAGCUGGAGGGCUCUGGUCCUUAUGCUCCCUGUAAAUACCAAGGGCAGAAGCAUUGACACCUCUCCCCCCUCCCCCACUUCCCUUGGCCAUCCCCCUGUGAAUGGCAUGUCCGGUGUUAGGCCUUGUAAAGUACCUAUACAUAUCUCCCUCUAUAUAUAUUAUAUUAUAUUAUUUAUAUAAAUAUAUAUAUAUAUAUGAGCAAGACUACUCUAUACAUGAAAAGGUUAAUACUGUGAUCACACCCUUCCCCCAAACCUACUCCCAAGGCCCUGUAGGAUUAAACAAAAGGGGAAUGGAUGUGUAGGGCAAGCUAUUAGAACUGGGACACAUAUACCAAGCUAAAUUUUGAAUGCAAACAAUUUUGCUAAUUCACAACAUUGCCAAAAAAAACCCCAAACCCGAUCUAUAGUUCUUGUUGCAUCUGCAUGCAAUGGUUGCAUGCAAAGAGGGCGUCCAACUCUCCAUGUGAAUUUGUCAUUGAUUCAUUGGGGUUUGGGGUAGGGCAGACCAGGGAGGUGGCAGCAGAGCUGUGAUGGCACAGCACAUACCCCGCCGGCAGCCUGGUAAGCAUUGCCAGGCUGGCAUUGCCGCAGCCACAAGUGAACACGCUCCCUCCUUCCCGACCACAACUGCUCUCAACUUGUUCAUCACUCCUCCCAGCCAUUCCUCCUUUCUGUCUUCCUGGGGUGAGGCCUUGGAUUUAUCUCGUCAUUUUUCUGGUUAAACACCCCCACAAGUGAGCCAUUUAAAUAUCAAACUGGCAUUUUUAGCAAAGCAAAUUACUCCUCUGUCAGUUCCUGGUGUUUGUAAGUCGGUUUCAAAUGAAGUCAGGAUGAUGAUGCCUGGAUAGAACAAGCCACCUGGAAUCCAGCUCUUCAAAAGGCAGAGGCAGCCUCACCACCAAGGCAAGAUGAGGCAACCACUUGACAUGGGAGGCAGGCUGCUCUGACCAAUCCACCAUGAAGUUUUCCUGAGCAAGCGUCACGGAAAGUCGAACUUGCACUGGAGAAGUUCCUGGUGGAUGGUGUGCCAUAUCAAGAAGUAGACGGGUGCCAUUUGGAUUUUUCCCCUCGGUGGGUUUCUCAGCUCAGCCUCCACACUGGCUCUGGCCCUAUAUAAAGGUAAGAUUGUUCAGUCCUCCGAGUGAUCCGGAAGCAGAAAAUUGCACCUUGUCACUGAAUAUUUUAGCCUCCAGAUGGCUGCCAGGCACAGCCUCAUGCUAGGACCUAGGAGCUGUUUUUUGUGCACAGGCUGUGCUCCCGACUUAUAGGCCCCUUAGUGAACCCAUUUAUUUCCAAAAGCCAAGUGGAGGUGUGUGGAAUAUUGCAGUCUGAUGCACCAUAACAUUAAAGUACAUUUGGAGACCAUUUUGGACAGCCAUCCCAACAGAAAACCAUUUCCAAAAUUGUAUGGAUUUGUUUUUUCCUAUCUUUGUUCUUCACUGGAAAGAUCAAAGCAGCUUAAAUGGGACUGUCAGUGAUCUGUUGUCCAGGCACUGAUUUUAUCCCCAUUAUAACAAUCGGUUCUCCCACCCAGGCUGUCAGCGGGGCCCGCUAUCAGCUUGUCCAUGUGUGAACUAACCUGCAGCCCCAGCAUGUUAACCUGUGAGAUGUAGCCUUGUGAAAAAGAAAGUAGCGAGGGUGCCCAGUUAGUAUGGCUGCCAUUAGGCGGAAGUAGGAGCAUACAAGCCUCUGAGCUGCCAUACAAAAUGGCUUCUCCUGGCCUUUUUCUGUAUGCAUGUACCUUAAUGUACAGAUCCACUCUGGCAAGCCUUAGCCCACUUAUGACAAGAGCGGGCAACAUGAGGGUGAAACCACACUUCAUGAAAGUAAGACUGCAAGAACUGGACACUACACAGUUAGUGUGGUUGGCAGCGUUUUGUCCCACAGUGGCUAUGCCAGCAGCCUGUGCUGGAGAGAUGUUCUCCUGCAGCUACCAAAUGAUCAAAAUGCAUGAAACUGCCAUGCUGCCUAAUGAUGCAUUUAUGUCAUCAGUGUUUGUGGGCAGUGAUGUCAUCAUGCAUGAUGGUUCAAUGAAUUAGGAGUUUCAUUUUUAGGUAUUCAACGAUGACAUCAGAGCAGGCCUCCAGCUGUUACAUAGUUUUGUCCACAGACUAGGGUUGCCAGGUCUCCUGAAACUCAGAGCUGGAUGUAGAGGGUGGUAGAUAUAUGGUACCUGCUGGGGCAGCAGACAGAGCUUAGUGGUGCCUGGUGGUUCAGGAGUUGAGUCUGAUAAUGAUGUACUGCCAACAGCUGAAGAUCUCAAGCCAAACUCUGCCAUCCACCCAUGGUUUUAUAGCCCUUUCAGUUUACAGUGUGCAUUACAGCCUUUUUCUUAGGGAGAAGGAUGAGGUCUAGGGCAUGAUAAAAAUAGUCUCCCCACCCCACCGCCACUUACUCCUGACCCCUCACCUUGAGUUUUCACUCCUUAGAAAGAAAGCCGCUGAAACCUUGAGUCAAACCCCAAGGCUUGACAACCUGCCACCAAUAGAAUAAUCACAUUAUGUCAAUUAGGAAUGGGUUCUAAUCCAUUAGGAAUGGGUUAUAUCAAACGUGGUCUUCUUGGUAACAUCACUGCAGCUUCCGCCUGGUCCAGCUGCCACUCUGUCUCUUCGCCUCUUCCUCAUUGGUGCUCACCCAGUCCAAUUUCCUCUGAAGGGAUAACCUCUAUGCAAUUACCAGCUGAUGGCAGAAGUCUUUUUCCUUUGUCCCUCCCUCUCAAAUGCCAUUCUUACUAUCCCUACAUCAACACUCAUUAAGUCAUCCUUCCUCAUCCACCCUAUGGUAAAAGUCACUUGUUGUCCUUAAGAGAGCUGGACCCAGAGUCAUCAGAUCUCCCAUUGCUUGGCGGUGCCAGGGAAGAUAGUGUUGGAGCAGGUUUAAGGGGAAAGUCAGAUCAGCUUCCUUUGAGAUCUCAUGGCUUACAUGUUCCAUCAGCUGGCCCUCUACCAAGCCAAAUGCACCUCAUGAGGGGCUUGAUAAAACUCCCUCUCUUGCCUGCCUUGGGACUGCAAGAAUGGGGUUGUCAAGCCCCUGGCAAGCCACAGUACAUGGCUGAUGGGCUGUGUUUGGUUUGGUGGGUUACAAUUUAUGCCUGCCUGGCCUAUGUGCAGUCUCUCUCCCCACCUCCCUUCCCCAAAUCCAUGAGAUCUAGGGCAUGGUUAGGCACAGUGUGCUCCAUGCAAAUCCACAAAACGCAGUGAGUCCUUGAGAAGCCGAGAGUCAUAAUCCCUAACCAAGCUGGGAUAGGUGUAGGGGAAACACUUUCAGUCAUCCUUAUUUUCUGCCCCGGUCCAGAGCCGCUGGGCCCAUAGCUGUGAGAGAAGGGGCAGGGUGGACUCUAGCCCAGUAGUACAGCCUCCCACCCAGUGUGGCCGUCUUGCAGGGGGGGGGUGUUUGUGGGUGUUGUACCUCUCAAGAUGUGAGUGCUUGGUGAAGGACCCCAGCCAUGCCAGUGUCUCUCUGGGCAAAGGUAGGUAGCCCACCUUCCCUCAUAAGGACAUGGGAAGCUGACAGCCACACUGCGAGUGUCUCCUCUGAGCCAUUAUAAGUGUUUCCAGGCAUAUGAAGGCAGGCAUCAUUGUCAUGUUAAUAAACCAACCUGUACAGCGUG